UCCCAAUCCAAUCUGCCGUCUUCUUCUUCUCUUCUCCUCCCACGCCGCGUGCUGCUCCUAUAUAUAACCCCUGGGCCGCCCCACACCUCUCGUCUCUCUCCCUCUCCCGUCCCGUCCCCUCCCCCGCGCACCUGGAGCCAUCAUCGCACGCUUCCUGUCGAGCACACUGCCUGGCUGCCUGUCCCCGCGCGCUGAGCGUCGUCCAUAUGUCUGCAGGAACGGCUGCGUUGCGGCGGUUCGGCCAGGUUUGCUGAUGUUCAUCUAACUACCCGGGGAGAAUUCAGAGUUGCCCGCAGAGAAAGAAAACCAAGAAGGAGAACCAGGGAUCGACCGAGCUUCGAAUUCGCCUGCUCCCUUGGCCAUUGGUCGUGCUUAAGCUUGGGUCAAGAUUCUGGUACUGAAACAGCAAGAUGGUGAACUUUGGGAAGAAGUUGAUGGCAGAUCAAGUAGAAGAAUGGAAAGGGUACUAUAUUAAUUACAAAUUGAUGAAGAAAUUGUUAAAGCAAUACGUUCAACAGACCCAAAUUGGUGGCAAAGAUUGCGAGCAAGUUCUUAAGGAGUUCUCGAGGAUUCUUGAUGAUCAGAUUGAAAGGAUCGUGCUCUUUCUGCUGCAACAACAAGGUCACCUCUCUAGAAGGAUUGAGGAAUUGGGAGCACAGCGUGCUGCUAUUAUGCAACAGGUUGAUACAUCAAGAGUUUUCCAACUUCGUGAGGAUUACAGAGAUGUUGGAAGAGAUCUUGUAAAGCUUCUCCGCUUUGUUGACAUGAAUGCUACCGGUCUAAGGAAGAUACUGAAGAAAUUCGAUAAGCGGUUUGGCUAUAAGUUUACAGAUUAUUAUGUCACCACUCGUUCAAACCAUCCUUAUUCACAGCUUCAGCAAGUCUUUAAGCAAGUGGGAAUUGUAGCCGUUGCAGGUGCUUUAUCACGCAACCUUGCAUAUCUGGAACAUGAGCAUCGAGGAAGCUUUUUAUCCAUAUAUGAUAACCCAUCAGUUGUACUGCAGGACCCUAUCAUAGACCAGGUAAACCAUGCCGUACAGAAACUCACACACGCAACGAGUUUUAUGCAAUACUUGGGACAACACGCACUUAUCGUCCAAGACGACACACCCAGUGGAUCAGAGGAUAAUGUCGAUGAUGAGAGCUACCAUUUCAUGUCCCUGAUGCUUAACCUAGUGAACACAUUUCUUUACAUGGUGAACACAUAUAUCAUUGUCCCGACCGCAGACGACUACUCAGUGAGCCUUGGAGCUGCCGCGACAGUUUGUGGCAUAAUCAUUGGAUCGAUGGCGGUCGCGCAGGUGUUCUCUUCGGUUUAUUUUAGUGCCUGGUCGAAUAGGUCAUACUUCAGACCUCUAGUAUUCAGCAGCAUUAUGCUUUUCUCUGGGAACCUGCUGUAUGCAUUGGCAUAUGACCUGAACUCCCUGACAGUUCUCCUGAUUGGCCGUAUACUAUGCGGGUUGGGUUCCGCAAGAGCUGUGAACCGUCGGUAUAUCAGUGACUGUGUGCCUCUCAAGAUCAGGCUACAAGCCUCUGCAGGGUUCGUCAGUGCCAGUGCUCUUGGAAUGGCAUGUGGCCCUGGCCUUGCUGGUUUUCUUCAGACAAAAUUUACGAUAUACUCGCUGACUUUUAACCAGAGCACAUUGCCUGGAUGGGUCAUGUCCAUUGCUUGGCUUCUUUACUUGGUGUGGCUGUGGUUUUCAUUCAAAGAGCCGGAACACUUCGCUAAGGCUGCGGCCGAGGCUGCAGCCAGAACACCGCAGCCUUCUGAAUCUGGCCAUCAAGAAAGUGCUAAUUUGGAGGAAGGUCUAGCACAACCUCUGCUUAUAGGUUCAGAAGAGAGGCUGGAUGAUAAUUCGGAGGAUAAUGAUGAUGAAGAUGCUAAAAGUUCCCAUGAGCCAGCAACAUCCUUUGCUUCAGCAUAUAAAUUGCUGACACCCUCUGUGAAGGUACAACUAUUGAUAUACUUUAUGCUCAAGUAUGCGAUGGAAAUUUUGCUCUCCGAAUCAAGUGUCGUCACCACAUACUAUUUUAACUGGGAUACAAGCGCCGUGGCUAUCUUUUUAGCGAUUCUUGGGUUGACUGUUCUUCCAGUAAAUGCCAUCGUUGGGAGCUACGUUACAAAUUGGUUUGAGGACAGGCAAAUUCUGGUGGCAUCUGAAAUCAUGGUUCUGAUUGGCAUUAUCAUGAGCUUCCGUUACACACCUCACUACUCCAUUCCACAGUACGUCUCUUCGGCUCUCAUCACAUUCGUAUUCGCAGAGGUGCUUGAAGGAGUAAACCUGUCCCUUCUUUCGCGGGUCAUGUCGUCGAGGCUGUCACGAGGGACCUACAAUGGCGGCCUCCUCUCAACGGAGGCCGGGACGCUGGCCCGUGUGGUCGCGGACGCGACGAUCACCGCGGCGGGCUACCUAGGCACGGACAUGCUCCUCAACGUCACCCUGCUGCCGCCUCUGGUGAUCACCAUCCUCUCCAUCGUCGCGACGUUCUGCACAUACAACACCCUCUACUGAGGCUGACCAGUACAGUACGACCUUUUCUACUCUCUGAAGAAUGUACAGGCAGUGAAAAUGGUUCCCGCCCACAUUGGGCUUGGGAUGUUCAAAUAGUGGCGAUAUUUGUUUGUAGACUUCAUCAACUUCAAUAAACUGUGUAAAUGUUGCUCUGUUGCACGUCCAUGUAAGAAAAAGGCGUCGUAGUGCAGUCGUACAUGCAUCAAACAGAUGUAAAUUAAGUUUUUUUUUUAAUUUGUAUCCCUGAACUUGCGAAUUCAGAUGCAUUUAGUGUGUGUUGGAAAUGCAGCAUGGAUAUGAUUUCUGGCGCGCA